AUGAUAACAUGCAAUGGUCCCAAGGCUACUAACGGAUGCUUAUUCUAUUUGCAAUUCAAAAUAACGCACAUCAAAAUCGAGAAGAUAUCGAAGACGGAAAGAAACGUUUUGGACGUCCGUUUUAUACACGAUCCCGUCUUCGUCGAAAAAACCAUUCUCGUACAACAUCUUAAUUACCACGUGAUUCCAUUUGAAGUUCAUGCAAUGUGUCAUGUAAUAAUGUUUUGGUUUCUGCAAUCGCGGCUUGCAUUUUUUCUUUUUAGGAAACUCUCGAGGAUCAUGCUGCGUUUGUAUUGUUUUUUCGAGCUGCUAUUGCAUUUUGUAACAAGAAUAUAA